UGAAUUGAAUCAAAGAGUGGGAGAAACCUUCCACGGCGUCCCAGCCUUCUCUGACUGUAGAUGGCUUUACAGAUCCAUCAAAUUCUGAGAGAUUUUGUCUAGGUCUGCUUUCCAAUGUAAACAGAAACGCUACGGUGGAAAUGACAAGACGACAUAUAGGAAGGGGAGUGCGUCUCUAUUACAUUGGUGGAGAAGUUUUUGCUGAGUGCCUAAGUGAUAGUGCGAUUUUUGUUCAGAGCCCCAACUGUAAUCAAAGAUAUGGCUGGCAUCCUGCAACUGUGUGCAAAAUUCCACCAGGAUGCAAUCUAAAAAUCUUUAAUAACCAGGAAUUCGCUGCUCUUCUGGCUCAGUCUGUGAAUCAGGGCUUUGAAGCAGUUUAUCAGCUUACUAGAAUGUGCACCAUAAGAAUGAGCUUUGUUAAAGGAUGGGGGGCUGAGUACAGGCGCCAAACGGUAACAAGCACUCCUUGCUGGAUUGAGCUUCAUCUGAACGGACCUCUACAGUGGCUGGACAAAGUACUGACUCAGAUGGGCUCCCCUUCAGUUCGCUGCUCCAGCAUGUCCUAAAAUCUCUCUGCUUCCUCACCAGUGGGCUAAACAUCGAGUCCAGACAACAGACUCAAUAUAACAGCUCCUCUGUCGUAGUAUUUGUGUGUGGUUCCCAUGAACUGUUUACUAUCCAAAAAAAAAAAAAAAGGUUUUUAAAAAUGGAAAAAAAAAAAAAAAAGGUUAAAAAAAAAGAGAGGAAAAAAAGAAAAACAGCACUUGAGGUCUCAUCAGUUAAAGCACCUUGUGGAUUCUGUUUCCUAUACUCUGAUACUAGAUGAAAAUUUAGUGUAUAGAAAAGCCUUCUUCAGAAAAAAGUGACAGUUUUAAAGAUUCUUUAAUGGUGUUUCUAUUGGGUAUAUAAUUGAGUGUCCUAAUGGUUUAUCAAUAACAUGAAUAGCUAAGUAUACGUACAGAUAAUGUAUCACGAUCUCAAAUAUCACAGUAUUGUGCUGUUCUACAUUUUAGUUCCCAUAAAUAGUCAUUUGGAUUUUUUUGAUUGGGGCAAAUAUCUCAUAAGAUUCCAAGACUCUACUCCCUUAUUCUUUUAUAUUUUUUUAUAUAAGCAGGUUUUUCGAGUAGUCCUAAACAUAAAAAGCAGACUUUCCUUGUAGAAAAGCUUAACUUUUUGCUGCCUUCUUAAAGAAAAAGAAAAUCCCUCCAUUGGAAGGGAAAGAAAUGUCUUGAGAUUCCUCUGUGACAUCUUAAGACACUUUAUAUACUUAAUGGGGCCUAAAAUGAAUUCAUAUUAUAAAUUCCAAGUAUCCAUUACACUAGGAGUCUACUUUUCCCUACUCACCUGAGUUGAUGCAUCUGGUGCCAGCGCUGU